AUGGCUUCCUGGGCAGCUCUUUCGCCCAGCAUCGUGGAGUAUUUCGAGGGCGAGGACUCCUACCGCUGCGGCUAUUGCAAGAAUGAGUCGGGCAGUCGCUCCAACGGCAUGUGGGCACACUCCAUGACCGUACAGGAUUAUCAGGAUCUCAUAGACCGAGGAUGGCGGAGAAGUGGAAAAUAUGUGUACAAGCCUGUCAUGAAUCAAACAUGUUGUCCCCAGUACACGAUAAGGUGCCGACCUUUACAGUUUCAGCCAUCAAAAUCACACAAGAAGGUUUUGAAAAAAAUGUUGAAAUUUCUGGCCAAAGGGGAAAUUUCCAAAGGAAAUUAUGAGGAUGAUCCUAUGGAGCCCACCAUGGAGGACACCGUUGCUGGUGACUUUGGAUUAAUAAAUAAAUUGGAUAUACAGUGUGACCUUAAAACGCUCAGCGGUGACCUCACAGAGAGCUUUGACAGUGAAGAAAAGAAGAAAGGAAAAAGCCCAAAGAAGGGAGAAUCUAAUGAAUUCAUUCAGUCACAAGAUAUAGAGGAGAAGUUGGGCUCUGGUGAGCCAUCACAUCCGGUUAAAAUGCCCAUGGCUCCUAAGCCAGGCAAAGGAGCAGAUUUGAGUAAGCCUCCCUGUCGAAAAGCAAAGGAAAUCCGGAAAGAAAGGAAAAGGUUAAAACUGAUGCAGCAGAACCCGGCUGGAGAACUUGAGGGUUUCCAGGCUCAGGGUGAACCACCGUCUUUGCUCCCACCAAAGGCUAAUAAAUCCAACCAGCCCAAAUCGCUCGAAGAUUUAAUUUUUGAAUCUUUACCAGAGAAUGCAUCACACAAGUUGGAGGUGAGGGUGGUGAGAUCAUCUCCACCAAGUUCUCAGUUCAAAGCCACAUUUCAGGAGUCUUACCAGGUCUAUAAACGUUACCAGAUGGUUAUUCACAAGGAUCCACCUGAUAAGCCAACUGUGAGCCAGUUCACAAGAUUCCUUUGCAGCUCACCUUUGGAGGCGGAGAAUCCCCCUAAUGGACCAGAUUGUGGUUAUGGCUCCUUUCACCAGCAGUAUUGGCUUGACGGGAGAAUCAUUGCUGUAGGGGUGAUUGACAUCCUUCCAUACUGUGUGUCAUCUGUAUAUUUGUACUACGAUCCUGAUUAUUCAUUUCUGUCUUUGGGUGUCUACUCUGCACUACGAGAAAUUGCUUUUACGAGGCAACUUCAUCAGAAAACAUCUCAACUCAGCUAUUAUUAUAUGGGUUUCUACAUUCAUUCAUGUCCCAAGAUGAAAUAUAAGGGUCAGUAUAGACCUUCUGAUUUGUUGUGUCCUGAGACGUAUGUUUGGGUGCCCAUCGAACAGUGCCUGCCUUCACUUGAGAACUCAAAGUACUGCCGUUUCAACCGGGACCCAGAAGCAGUGGAUGAAGGUCGCAGUAAAGACCCUGACCGUUUGCAGGUGUUCCACAAGAAAGCCAUAAUGCCUUACGGCGUUUACAAGAAACAGCAGAAAGACCCGGGCGAGGAGGCCGCUGUGCUGCAGUACGCGAGGCUGGUGGGGCAGACGUGCUCCGAGCGGAUGCUGCUGUUCCGGAACUGA